AUGGGUACUCUAAAUGUGUCUCGCGUGCCUAUUGGUGGAUCAGUCACCGGAGCUGAAGUUCUCUUUUCAAGAAGCGGUGAGCAAACGAACCGAACAACCUGGCUGGAGGCUGAGAUUUGUGUCACGAAUUUAUCUUCAAACUUUUUCAUAGCGUUUGAAGCGAUUCGUGUCAACGGUCGCUUGUCAGAUAUCGCCAUCGAUGACGUUGGAUCUCAAGUGACUACAUAUAUCGCGUUAUUCGAAUGGUUUGGAUACGACCUUUCUAUUGGAGAUAUAGUGUAUGUAUCGGAGGGAGAGCAUCAUCGAUUCACGUGCAUGGUACCCGACUUAAGAACACCCGUCUCGCUCUCGUGGAUGCUAGGGGGACUUGAGAUUUCACCAGACAAAAACAACAAUCUCACAGAAAGCGACGGUUUCACCACUAGCACCAGUACUGUUGCAAUAACCAUUUCUGAGAGCAACCACGGGGAGCUACUGCAGUGCAUGGCGUUUGUUGCAGGGAUACAUCCCGUUGUGAACAUAUUCAUUACUCUUGAUGUGAAAGUUAAACCAAAGGCAUCUAAUAUGCUGUUGUAUGUUGCAAACUGGACUGGGAGCGAUGCUUCACCUGGUAUGGACGAGGGUAUGUUACAAUAUUUCAAGUGCGAGGUAGUGGACAUCAGGCCAGCAGCAAGUUUUGAGUGGUUCUUGGAUGGGGCUUCGCAGCGAAUUUCAAGCCCGUCUUUGUCUGAGGAAGACGAUUGGCUGGUUGACGUUUCAGACACGUGGUCAUUCACGCCCACAAGAGCCAAUCAUGGCCAAGAGGUGAAGUGCGUGGUAAACAACACGGAGUCAGAGGAACCGUUUCCAUCAAAGGUCCUCACAGUUCUCGUCAAUGGGCCACCGGACAUUCUGGCCAUUACUGGUUCCCCUACCAUGACAGCCAAUAAACCAAGCGUUUUGGUGUGCCGUGCAUACACGGGAUAUCCAGACAACUGGAAUCUGGCUUGGUCCAACGGUGACACACCUUUGACAGGUACCACAACCGUAUCUGCAUCAUGUGGCAGUGGAUUCAUGUUCACGAGUACCCUGGCUUUCACACCGAGGAGAGAAGACAAUGGAAACAACAUAACCUGCUCUGCACAAAAAACUUCUUGGACCCGCCCAACCGAAAUGGCAUGCUUUGGUCCCAUAGACGUUCAGUGUAAGUACAAGCCAACAAGACUGCCCUAUAAUGCUUCAUACUUUGGCAAUAGGGACAAAGGGAGUUUAUGA